AUGGCGGCGGCGGAGCCCGCGAGCUCCGGCCAGCAGGCGCCGCAGGGGCAGGGGCAGGACCAGCGGCCGCCACCGCAGCCUCCCCGGGCGCAGAGCCCGCAGCAGCCGCCGCCGCAGCAGCUCGGGAACUCCGGGAGCGGCAGCAGUAGGCACGAGAAGAGCCUCGGACUGCUCACCACCAAGUUUGUGUCGCUGCUGCAGGAAGCCAAGGACGGCGUCCUGGAUCUCAAAGCGGCUGCAGAUACGUUGGCUGUGAGACAAAAAAGAAGAAUUUAUGAUAUCACCAACGUCUUAGAAGGAAUUGACUUGAUUGAAAAGAAGUCAAAGAACAGUAUCCAGUGGAAAGGUGUCGGUGCUGGCUGUAAUACUAAAGAAGUCAUAGAUAGAUUAAGAUAUCUUAAAGCUGAAAUUGAAGAUCUAGAACUGAAAGAAAGAGAACUUGAUCAGCAGAAGUUGUGGCUACAGCAGAGCAUCAAAAAUGUGAUGGACGACUCUGUUAAUAAUAGAUUUUCGUAUGUAACUCAUGAAGACGUCUGUAAUUGUUUUAAUGGUGAUACACUUUUGGCCAUUCGAGCACCUUCUGGUACACAGUUGGAGGUACCUAUUCCAGAAAUGAAUCUGAAUGGACAAAAGAAAUACCAGAUCAAUCUAAAGAGCUGUUCAGGACCUAUCCACGUGCUGCUUAUAAAUAAAGAGUCGAGUUCAUCUAAGCCUGUGGUCUUUCCUGUUCCCCCACCCGAUGACCUCACACAGUCUUCCUCUCAGUCCUCAACUCCCGUGACUCCACAGAAAUCCAACACAGAACCUCAGAAUCUGCCUGAGCAGCAUGUCUCUGAAAGAGGCCAGAAUUUCCAGCAGACACCAGCUACAGAUAUAUCUUCCGCAGGGUCCAUUAGUGGUGAUAUCAUUGAUGAGUUAAUGUCUUCUGAUGUGUUUCCUCUUUUAAGGCUUUCUCCUACCCCGGCAGAUGACUACAACUUUAACUUAGAUGACAAUGAAGGAGUUUGUGAUCUGUUUGAUGUUCAGAUACUAAAUUAUUAGACUCCAAGGAAGCCUGGGACUGUUAUCUACCUCUAACUGUGUAACAUUUUAGACUUCUUAAUAACCUAAGUAUUUAAAAUAAUGAAUGUAACACCUUGUUAGUUCACUGAUUCUGAAGUGUUCUUCCCUAAUACUUUUUUACUUCACAAAACUUUAACCAUAAAAAUGGAGUCUUGCUCCUGCUCAGGCUGGUCUCGAACC